UUGCUAAUGCACGAUUUCUGAAUUACAGCCAUUAAACUAGCAUAAACCUUUAGCAGGUGAUAUUACAUACUUAGAGAUGAACUUCUCUUCGACACAAUCGGCCUCGUACUAAAGACUAAAUUACUAGUUUGAGCGAGUCGUGCAGCCAUUUAUAUUGGCUUAUUUGAACUUAACAGCUGGCAUUGCCUACGUUUUCUUAUUGCCUGGUGUUUUAAAUCAAAUCAAGUUUAUGAUUUCUUAGUUUAAAACACCAGGUGAACAAUUUAUGCAAUCUAUUUAGUUUGCAGGGGUAAACUAAUGCUAAAUGUUUGUUUUAAAAGACAUACUAAUGAUUUUUUCCAAAAAAAAACAGUGAUAACUGGGCAUUUUGAAUGGCUGGAAAAUGAGGAUUAUUGACCAGCUCAACAAUGGCUAUGAGAAAAGUAAAAAUUAAUAAAUACUAGACCUAAGACAUUGUUACUAUGGCGAAAUACAAUAAAUAAAUACUGGACCUAAGCCAUUGUUACUAUGGUAUAUUAGAAUAUAUAUUUAUUGAACAAAUAUAUCGCCGAGUUAUUCAUAUUUCAAAGAUGGAACCAGCUAAAGUAAUUGGAAAACUAAAGGAACAAGUUCGAAUGGAGCACAAGUCGCGUCGCAGUUAUCCACAAGUUUGGAGUCAAAUAUCAGACAAACAAACUAACAAAUUCUACCAUCAAAAUGAUAUUAGUAACAAAUUAAAUGACCAGUUAAAACUUAAAGACCUUUGCCCCUUCCUGCACAACAACAAGGGCGAAUCAUGUUUCCUUUCCCCGGAGAUGUUCAAAAACCUAUUGGGCGUUUGUCGUUGUGGUCGAUCUCGGCAAGGCCAUCAUAUAGGCAAAUGCCUACAGAGAGCGUUAAGUCCAGAUUACGAGAGAACCAUGAUACCUAAAAACGCCCAAAGCGGUGCUGCUUCAAAGCCAUUGAUUGUGCCUUGUACUUCAAACUCUAGCAUUGGCUUCGUCGGAGCUCCAAAACACUACCAAAAGCUAGAGCGUUCUAUGCAGUACGUUUCACCUGCCAACCAUAUGCCGGGGCCACGAGUAACUGCAGUCCCAUACAGUAAUAUUAUUAUUGGCUAGGAAAGAGAG